UUUUCAAGCUGAAUCCGAAGCAUCUGAAAAAGAGAAUGUGCCUAGUUUUCAGAAGAUCACGAAGGAGGUAGAAGAUCCCAGGUUUUCUAAUGAACAGAUGUUUGAUGAAAUGAAAACUAUUUCUCAGUUAUCCUCUCCAAGAGCAAUUUCUCCAUGUUCUGUUGAGUCCCCAACCAUGAGGAAAAUCCAAGCUGAAGAAGAAGAACUGCAGUAUUUAAAUUUUAUUCAGGACAUAACAGAUGAAAUUCUGAAGCUUGGAUUAUUUUCCAACAGGGCUUUGGAAAGGUUGUUUGAACGUCACAUAGAAUUAAACAAAAACCAUUUAAAUAAGAACAAAAUGCGCCAUCUGCUGGAGAUUCUAAAAGUUGACUUGGGCUGCAACAGGGAGGAAAAGUCUACUGGAGUGUCCGAUGCAUAUAGACAUUUACAGAAUGAAUCAGCAGAGAACCUUCAACUUACCAGUAAAUCCCAGAGCAAAGUGUCAAAAAGUGAAGAGCUUUUAAAUGCAAUGGAUUUAAUAACAAGUGACCUCACUGUACACAAUGAUAAAUUACAGAAAAUAGAAGACCAGGAUGCAAUUUCUCAGGAUAUCAAGGAAUUACUGAACAUUGAGCUGAAUCCCCCAUCCAUGAAAACUGAUGAAACUCCAGAUACCACAUGUCCAUUGCCACCAACAUGCAAUUCAACCACCUGUGAUGCUGACCUUGAAACAAGUGAAUCUUUGAGAGAAGUAGAUGAACUGAAAGAAAGCAUGACGGAACCCAUCUCUUUGGUCAGGGCCCAGGAGUAAACAACUAGCAGCAAAGCACCAAACGGGGCAGUUCAUCUAGUCAGCAGUGCAGAGAU